AAAGUUAGUAAAAUCAAACGGUGUAGAAUCCAAGUUAUUAAUCAGUGUUGACACAAAGCACAACAAAAUUUCUCAAUCUGUCGUAUAAAUCCCCGCAGAGUCCUUCGCAUUUCCAAUGCGUUUCUUAUUUUUUUGUCGAAAGUGAUUAUAUCAACCAUGUCCAUGUACUUUCCAACACCCUUAAAUCCAUGUCUUUAUUACUUGUUUUCUGUUAAGGUUUUCUCUUGAAACACACUCAAACAGAGACACACACAUUAGAAAAACUUGGUUCCUUUUUUCUUCUUCUUCUUUUUGGUGUUCUGUUUUUUGUUGUUGUUGCAGAGAUGAAGAGUGGUGAGAAGUGUGUGAAGAAGCAAGGUGUACCAAAAGGGUGUCUUGCAAUCAAAGUGGGUCAAGGAGAAGAACAACAAAGAUUCGUUGUGCCAGUUAUGUAUUUCAACCACCCACUUUUCAUGCAUCUUCUCAAAGAAGCAGAGGAAGAAUUUGGAUUUGAUCAGAAAGGAACAAUAACAAUUCCUUGUCAUGUUGAAGAGUUCAGAAACAUAAGAGGUUUGAUUGAUAGGGAAAAGUCUUUUCAUCAUCAUACUCGUUGUUUUGGCUUCUGAAUUUUGAAGUUUGAAAACCAUACUUGAUUGAUUUGGUGUUGUAAAUUCUUGCUUUUUUACUUUGUUAGUUGAGUGGUGAUGGUGGAGAUGACGAUGAUGAUGACGACACCAUGUUGUUAAUUAAUUACUUGUUACUUAUGUAUUUACUUGUUUUACUUUUGUAAGGAAUUGUACUAAAAAAUUAUAAUGAAAAGAAGAAAAAAAUUCAUGCUUUUUCUUUUCUCUUU